AUGUUGCGCACCACGGCGAUGACGGGUCGUACCGGCCUGUCGAGCGCGGCCUCGCGAUUGCCGUCCACGACGAUGCGUCAGGCGCUGAUCAAGAGGGUCAGUACUAUCCAAAAACUAUCUGAAAUUACUAGUGUAUGUGCUGAUGCUCCCUUGCUCUCCACCCCCAUAUCCGCCUUGACCCCUUCCCGUGGCAACUCGGCGCGAUAAUCCUACAACUUGCAACCCCGCCGGCACCAACCUUGAAACCUUGAAAAUCGUACCAACCCCAACACCGACCUCGAACUCAAAAACCACAGACCUACGCUACUUCUACUACUACUACUACUCCCUCCAAAUCGAACGUUCUACCGAUCCCGCCCAACUCAACCUCGGUGCCACCACUUUCGACACCGAUCGUCGCCCGUCGUUCACUGACCCGAAAGGUGCUGACCCCACUCGCCCUACUCGCCAUCACUUUUUACGGCGUUUCGAUCCCGCUAGGUUACACUUCACUCCGAUAUCGUGAUUUCCUCGUCGAGUCCGUACCGGGGGGUGAAUUGAUAGGUGACGCUUUGGACAAGUACGAACUAGAUCGUCAUCACGCCUCCCUUACCGACGGAAGCGCCAAAGUCGAUCAAGCUCUUUCGAAACCGACCGCUUCGGGUCCUUUGACGACAAAGUCUACUACUUCUACUUCUUCGACUGCUGCGACUACACCUACUGCUGCUGGCUCUGUAGCGAAGAAGGAGACCGAAUUGACGCGUUACGCCGAAUCAAAGGCCAAGGCCGAGGGAUGGCAAUUGAAGAAAGGUGACAAGGCCGAUCCGAUCAAGGCGCGAGAGGAAAUCAAGGCGAAAGCGGAUCAGGUCGCUCAAUCCGUUUCGGACGCGACUCGAAAAGCGAAAGACCGCGCGGUGGAAAAGGCGAAAGAAGCUCAAGGGUUGGCGCAACAAGUCGAAACCGAGCUCGGAGCAAAGGUCGAACAGGUCAAGGUCAAGGUUGGCGAAGUUCUCGAUAAGGCUUCGAGUGCGGUUCAAAAGAUCGUGCCCAAGGUUGAGGAACCUGAAUCGACUUUGCCCGUGUUUGCUCAACGACCACGCCAAUUGGACGCGACGCCGAUCCCACCCAAGAAAGCGCCCGUUGGAACGCCUUACGAUGGUCCACCUUUGCCUCUUGGGUUCGAGCCCGCGCCCGGGUACCAAAAACCUCGUGCACCCGCGACGCCGAGCGAUCAGCUCAAACCGGUUCCUACGCCUCCUCAACCUCUACCGCUCGUCGCGCCCGUCAUCAAAUCGGACGAGCAGGCCGCUUCGGAACCGAUGCUCGGUCAACUCGCUUCUACGAUCGAUGCGUUGGCCCAAUUCGUCGAGAAUUCGGACGAAGGUAAAGCCUCCGCUGCGACGGGGGUGUUGAAGGGUGCGCAGAACGAUCUCAAAACUUUGGCGGCGAGGUUGCAAGCGAUCAAGCACGAGGGCGAAGCCACUUUAUCGACGAGUUUGGAUCGUCAGGCGAAGGAAUACUCGAACCUUUUGGUCAAGGCGGAGAAGGACUUGGUAGAUCGUUUGGAUCAUCAAGAGGAGGAUUGGAAGAAGGCUUUCGAGGACGAGAGGAAGAAGUUGGUCGAGGCGUACAAGACCAAGUUGCAGAACGAACUCGAAACGCAACAGGCGUUGAUCGAUCAACGACUCAAGGAAGAGGUCAUCGCUCAAGGCGUUGAAUUGCAACGUCGUUGGGUCGACGAGAUCAAACUCAAGGUCGAAGAGGAACGUGGUGGGCGAUUGGCCAAAUUGGAUCAAUUGGAGGGUGGAAUUCGCAAGUUGGAAAAGGUGACGCAGGGCAACGUCGAGUCGAUGACGAUGGCCCAAAAAGCGCGCAAGUUGCAAACGGCGGUCAAAGCCGUCGAACACGCGAUCGAAUCCGGUCGACCGUUCGUGAACGAACUGAACGCGCUCGAAAAGCUCGCUAAAGAAUCGGCUGACCAAGCGCCGAUCCUCGACGUGGCUCUUUCGACCAUCGACGAAUCGAUCGCUUUCUCCGGCGUGGCGUCGUUCCCUUGCCUCGCAUCACGCUUCACCAACUCCGUCGCCCCCCAAUUGAAGAAGGUCUCCCUCCUUCCCGAACAUGCCGGUGUGCUCUCUUACGUUCAAUCCUACCUGCUUUCUUACCUCCUCUUUGAGAAACAAGGUUGGGCGGAAGGCUCGGACGUGGUGAGCGUUAUCGCUCGAGCCAAGUUCCAUCUGUUGAACAAGGAUUUGGAUCAAGCAACGAGGGAGGUCAACUCUUUACAAGGUUGGCCGAAAGCUUUGGCGAGGGAUUGGUUGAAGGCGGCGAGGGGUCAUUUGGAGGUGCAGCAGGCUUUGAGCGUGGUCGAAGCGGAGACGACGGUGCAGGGUUUGAAGGCGCUGUAG